AUGAAAUGUCAUAGUCUCUCUACUACUUUAGCCAUGUCUAGUCACAACUAUGGGGUUACUCCACCUAUUUCAAUGGCAAAUCCGACGCCUAAGGAGAAUUCAUUGAAUGAUUCUUUGAUUAGGGAAUUGAAAAUUCGAGGAUCCUUUGAAAGUGAAAAUGCUACCAAGAAAAGAGUGCAAGUUCUUACAAUACUUCAAAAGUUGACUGAAGAUUUUGUAUAUCAAGUAUCACUUAAAAGGAACAUGAGUGAAGGAAUGGCCAGAGAUGCUGGAGGAAAAAUCUUCACAUUUGGCUCCUAUAGACUUGGUGUCUAUGGUCCAGGUUCUGAUAUUGAUACAUUGGUAGUUGUUCCCAAGCACGUAGCCAAGAGUGAUUUCUUUGAAAUAUUUGAAAAACUUUUAAAAGAAAGAAGUGAACUAGAAGAAAUGGUAUCAGUUCCAGAUGCCUUUGUUCCUAUUAUAAAGUUGGAAUUUAGUGGAAUUUCAAUAGAUUUAAUAUGUGCGAAAUUGGAUAUUCCCAGAAUCCCGAAGGAUCUUACAUUGGAUGACAAAAACUUACUUCGAAAUGUUGAUGAAAAGGACUUACGAGCAUUAAAUGGUACAAGGGUAACUGAUGAAAUUCUUACAUUAGUUCCCAAGCCUACUGUAUUCAAGCAUGCUUUGAGAUGUAUAAAAAUGUGGGCACCUCAGAGAGCAAUCUAUGGUAAUGUUUAUGGCUUUCCUGGUGGUGUUGCAUGGGCAAUGCUCGUUGCGAGAAUUUGUCAACUAUAUCCUAAUGCUGUAAGUGCAGUGAUAGUUGAAAAAUUCUUUCACAUAUACUCGCAGUGGAGUUGGCCACAACCUGUUCUUUUGAAACCUAUUGAAGAUGGACCUUUACAAGUGAGAGUUUGGAACCCUAAGCUAUACCCAUAUGAUCGUCAACACCGUAUGCCUGUGAUAACUCCUGCGUAUCCUUCUAUGUGUGCUACCCACAAUAUAACCAGUUCCACUCAAAAAGUAAUAAUAGCUGAGUUUGUAAGGGGAGUUGAAAUAAUGAGCCAAAUAAAUACAGGAAAAAAGACAUGGUCGGAUUUGUUUGCCAGGCACGAUUUCUUCCACAAGUACAAAUUUUAUCUUUGUAUUGUUGCUGCAACGGAAGGUACCAGUGAAGAUCAUUUGAAAUGGAGUGGUAUGGUGGAAAGUAAAUUAAGACUUCUUGUACAAAAGCUUGAAGUCACAGAUGGAAUUCAGUUGGCUCAUCCAUACGUGAAAGAUUUCAAUAAUACUUUCAAAUGCAAGGAUGGAGAAGAGGCAUUGGAGGUCAUAAAUAAGUAUGGAACGUUGAAGGGUGACGAUUUUACGAAAGAUAUUGCUCAGAUAGAGCCUAAUGCAAAAAUUGAAGAAGGAACUAUUGUACAUUUGACAAAACUUUAUAUUGGUUUGGAUAUUGACCUUGGAAAUGCUCAGGAGAAGAAACUCGAUAUUCAGUACCCUUGCUCUGAAUUUUUCAAUAUCUGUAAAACUCAGCCAUCCUAUGAUGAAAAGAUUCACAGUAUUCAAAUUAAGAAUGUUCGAUUAUAUGAUUUGCCUAAUGAUGUGUAUGUUGAUGGGGAAACACGUCCAGUCAAGCCCCAGAAAAAGCGAAAACUUGUGAAUAAAGACGAAAUUAGUAAGAGACCAAAAAGUAUAAAUGCUAUGGCAACCUAA